CAACGUCACUGCCACGUAGAAGUGUUCGCCUCUCACCGCUCUGCUUACACCGAAUACCUUCAUCUUCUCCCCCGUCAAGAGUUCCAUGCUGCUGCCGGUGCUGAGCUGGCUGUACUCCGCCCUGCUAGUCGCGGUCUGCGGCGGAGCUCUGCCGGAGGCGGAGGUCAAAAUCAAAGUUCUGCACAAACCUUUCCUGUGUCAUCGCAAGACCAAGUAUGGAGACAUGCUGCUGGUGCACCAUAAAGGCUACUUCGAGAAUGGGACAAAGUUCCACGACAGUCGUGGGAAUCCCGCUGAUGGUGACAAACUGGCAAUGUGGUUCACUUUGGGCAUCAUGGAGGUCAUCAAAGGCUGGGAUAAAGGCCUUCAGGACAUGUGUGCAGGAGAGAAGAGGAGAUUGGUUAUACCUCCAGCUUUAGCCUUUGGAAAAGAAGGCAGUGGUAAAAUUCCUCCCGAGAGCACCUUGACGUUCAUCAUCGAGCUGCUUGAGAUCAGAAAUGGUCCGAGGUCGCACGAGUCCUUCCAGGAAAUGGACCUCAAUGACGACUGGAUGCUUUCCAAAUCUGAGGUAAGCCAAUACUUGAAGAAGGAGUUUCAGAAUCACGGGUACCCUCCCAAUGACACCUUGCACGAGAACAUGGUCAAAGACAUUUUUGAAAGAGAAGACAAGAAUAAAGAUGGAUUGAUAUCCUCCAGGGAAUUUACUUACAAACAUGAUGAACUUUGAAUUUUUUGUGAACAUGAAUAUGAAAUGUUAUAGUGAGCUUUCACUGAUGUAUCACUUUGCCCACAUGAACCCCCAAAAGUUUUGUAUUGUUGUC